AUCCAGAUAGGGUAAUAACCUGUUGUGAUAACAUUACUGCAGUAUACAACAAAAAAGUGGAAGUUAACAUGAACAUUAUUUUACUAUAAAAAUGUUAUUGGUUAUAAUUAGCACAUAUCUUUGUUCCGGUUUUCUUCAGCACCAGUGGCCCAUUUUGUAUUGCCUGAAGUGCUAGCAGAUGCAUCAGUUUGGAUUUUUGGUGAAGAUGUCCGGCCGUAAAACCCGUCAGUCUUGUUACUCCAUCCGCCAUCUUCUGGAGAUGUCCCCUACAACUCCUCCGUCCAGCAGAGACUCCCCGCCUCCGCACGCCCACCUCACAAACUCCCCAGCGUCUUCCUGCUCUAGAAAGUUUAUCGCCCGCAGUGUGAACCAGCUCAAUUCACAGAGUGAUAUCAAUAAGGACGAUAAUUGCCUGCAACCGCAAGAUUUAUCUGUGCGGAGGACGAUUCCUCGCCAAGCUAUGAGCAAGGCUGAUGAAAAGAGGAAUCAAAAUAAUCGAUUACACGAAGACCAGCCUCUGUCAACCGUCACAGCCCUCCCUGGCUCCAGCCCCCUCACACAAGCGGCCAAGAGAAGAGCGGAAGCUCAGAAGAACAAAAACGCUGAUGUCGCCAGUAGAAAGAACAUGGUGAAGAAAGAAGAAGUAACGGUGGACGAAACGUCGGUGAAGAGGAGAAGAAAAAGUGCAAAAGGAGGAGACCAGAACGGCGAAGACCUCGAUUAUGAUUCUAAACACGUCUUGUUGCCACAGAAGAAAAGAGCCUUCGUGUCCAACUCCUCCCCUGGCCAGAGUCCGGCAAAGAAGACUCUAAAGUCAAACAGCGGUCAAGGAGGUGAUGAAAACGUUGACAAUGAAACACUUAUCAGAGAAACGGAAGCCGACUUGAAGAGUUUGUCAGGGAGUUGGCCGGGUCCUCGGUUGGCGUUCUAUAACCGAGGAAUUGCCGAAGCCGAAGACAGGUUCGAGUCACCAGGCUUUGAGAACUUAUUCGAAGAGAAAAAGAACAGCCUAGCGAAUUCUUCGGCGUCGGCAGCCAUGCUGGCCAACAGCGACAACUCGUCUUGCUCGCUGAAAGACGUGAUAACACUGAGGGACCAACAGGAUGCGAAGAAUAUCAAACAAGAACUUCGCUCUUCGAAUGGAAACCAGGGUAAGCAGGAGAACUCGAAAUCCACACAAAGUUCCAAGAAUUCUGUGAAAUCCCAAAGAGACGAAAAGGACCAGCAACAGAAACCAGUCCAAGAAAGAAAUUAUCUGGAAAGCCUGAUCAAAAUCGAAAACGAAUGUGCUUCGAUCCAGUCUCAAGCAAAGUCUAAAAACAAAGCUGACGGCACUGACACUCUAAAGAGUGGUGACAAAUUCCCCACGAACGGUCAAAGAUAUGAGCCCGACUUCAACGAGUUGGUAGAUGACUCGUCGAACGAACUGGAAAUAGAUAUGUCUGAAGCUGAUGAUCGAAACGGUAAAGGGGACAAGCAGAAGAAAAAAGAUAACGACGAUAAGAAAGAAGGAAAAGGAGGCAAAACCUUCGGAAAUUCUUACAACAAUCAACAAAAAGCAGAAAAGAACAAAUCAUCAAAUUCUCCAACUGCUUUCACGACACCAACGUCAUUCCGAGAUGGCAAAGAACAACCCAGAAUGCCAUCUAACAAUUUGGACCUACAAACAUCAACGAUAGGGCCUUUCCCUGCGGGUGCAACGUUUGUAGGGUAUCCUCCUUCAGGUGCAGCUCCUGUAACUAGAAUUCCCCCCGAGGAAAAACCCUCUACAGUUUGUCUUCUUCCUCUAAAGCCGACGACAACUAAAGUCGAACCGGAGGAUGUAACCACUGGUGUGACCUCCAGUAAGAUCUCCGUAGCUUCUCCAGAGAAUCCAGCCUCCAAGCAAUACACAAUUCUCCAGCCUGCCGGUGCAGGCUCCAGGGCUGCCUCUGCCAUCCAGGACGUGACACGGGAAGGAGUCCUAGGAGUCCCUGCUGUGAGUAGCACCACUGCUGUCGUCUCGAGCUCCCAGAUCAUAGCUAGCGCCGAUUCCUCUUCCGGCUCCAAGGACAGCAGCAGGAGCGUCGGAUCCUUAUCACCUUCGGCGAUUGGAAAAGAUGGAGCUAAGUGUCCCACACCCGGAUGUCUAGGAGAGGGACACGUUACAGGAUUAUAUCCCCAUCAUCGCAGCCUAUCAGGAUGUCCGAGAAAGGACAAGGUGACUCCUGAGAUUUUGGCGAUGCAUGAGACCAUCCUGAAAUGUCCAACUCCCGGUUGCAAUGGUCGUGGCCAUGUUAGCACCAACCGUAACACCCACCGAAGCCUCUCCGGUUGUCCCAUCGCUGCAGCAACCAAGCAGGCACUCCGUCAGAGUAGGGCCAAGCAGAGUGUACCUCCGACCAGAGUACCAACGAGUUGUACUGCAGAGUUCAAGCCGCAACCGUCUUCGUUCACGAUGACCAGCCCCACGCCCCCAGCUGAUGUCAAACCUCACUACCCUGUACCAUCUUACCCUUCGCACACACCCUCCCCCUACUUCUCAGCUGCCAAGCCUACCAUCAAACCGACCAAGAUCCUCAAGAAGGAGGAGCCAGAGACCAGUUCGUUCACUGUCGUUCCAAAAACAGAGUCUUCUUCAACCAACAACAACAGUAUUUGUUGUAAUCUUGUUCCAACAAAAACCGAGAUAGUUGUGAAACCAGAAAUACCCUCAGUGAACUCCUGCAGAUCCAACACGCCCCCACCCCCUCCUCAAGGUUGGGUGAACUCGUACGAGUCCUACAUGAAUCAUGACUCCAAUUCUUCUUCAGUCUCCAGCAUGGACGCUAUGGGUCACCACCAUCAGCUACAUCCCACAACCCAUCUGCCUGUGGUACCUGCUCCUGUCGGUUCCCACCACAUGCCUGCUCCUCCGGCUUACCUCACUAAAGGAAUUGAAGAAUCAAGAUCUUCCGUUCAACACCGUUCCCCUUACGAACCCACUUCUAUAAACUCUUCCGAAGACGUCUACCAUCGGCCUGAAAAUUCAGCUCGUUCCUAUCCCAUUAGUAAUAGUUCUAGCAUAAACCGUCCUGUACCGUCUUACUCGACUGAAAUCACUGCUCACGCCUACGAGGUUGCGAGUCACAGGCCUUAUGAUCCUGGCAGUACAGCGAACUACGAACGGUACGACACAACACCCCAGCCCUGCCCUCCCACCCCUCGCUAUCCUGACUACCAAGAGCACGAGAUGAGAGCUUAUGACCAACAGCAUCACCAGAUGUCCACAAUCAUGAAACCGGAACACCCAUCCGAGAGCGAAUCUUCCGAGAGCAGUUUAUAUCCAAGGCCUAUGUACCAUUAUGACCCGGCUACUGGUACGAUUCCUGCAGGGUUUUCCUCUGCCGCUAUUAACUUGUCCGUUAAGUGUAUAGCUGCUGGCCAGAUGAAGACAGGAGAGCCCAGAUCACCAGGAGGAGCUUCAGUCAUGGAUUUGUCCACAUCUAAUGUUACUUCUACCAGCCCUCAGGGCGGACAAUAUGGAUCGAGCCCCGCUCAAUAUGGAGGCCAGCGGGGCAGCCCCACCUCAGCCAACAGCCCCCACCCCACAGGCAGCCCCCAGGCUCCGAGCCCUCAACAACAAACCUUGGACUUGAGUGUGGCAUCUGUUUAGGGUUCCUGGACGACCUGUGUUCCCGGAGGUCCUGGAGGGUACAGCCGGGAGUCUACUCCUGACAACGGAGGAGGACACUACCUGGAUUCCUACCGGGACGUCAAUGGAUACACCGGUAUGAGCCCACACCCAGGUUAUGCCAUGAGUGGGGCGGAAUACCCUGCCAAUAGUUACACACCGUAUCCACCCUCCGCCUACUCUUGUGGCUACCCUGCAGGCAGCUACCCUCCCGGCCCAGGCUACUCUCCUGCCACCUGCUACCCCAUGGGCCCCCCACAGCAUGACAAACUACCUGCCUCCUCCAAAGAUGACAGCUUAUCUGGGUGUCCGAGGGCUGACAGGUCACAGAUUCACCCGCACUCGCAGGAGCUCAAGUGUCCUACCCCCGGGUGUGACGGGUCUGGACACGUCACUGGCAACUACUCGUCACACCGUAGUCUCUCCGGCUGUCCUCGCGCCAACAAGCCUAAAAGUAAACCUCGCGAUGGCCAGGAUUCAGAACCUCUGAGAUGUCCUAUUCCGGGAUGCGAUGGCUCAGGACAUGCUACGGGAAAGUUUCUCUCCCACAGGAGCGCAUCAGGUUGUCCCAUUGCCAACCGCAACAAGAUGCGAGUGCUGGAGAGUGGCGGCACUGUAGAGCAGCACAAGGCGGCUCUCGCUGCGGUGACAGCUGCUGCGAAACUGGACGGAAUCAACUGUCCGACACCGGGGUGUGACGGGGCGGGACAUAUCAACGGGUCUUUCCUCACCCACCGUUCGCUAAGUGGCUGCCCCACGGCUACCAACCCGCUCACCGUUCCGCCCAAGAAACCACAACACAAGUACAGCAGUGAUGAUAUGUGCCACAUGUACUCGAAACCGCCCAACCAUUUAGAUGGCAGUGGGGGAGGUGGAGAAGAUUUGUUUACCCUAGAAGCAGAAAUUACAGAAUUACAACGAGAAAAUGCUAGAGUAGAAUCACAGAUGCUACGACUGAAGACUGAUAUAAGCGCAAUGGAGGCUCAUUUAAGACAAGGAGAAAAGGAAACCCAGCAAAUAACACAACGAAGCAACAAUCUCAACGAGUAUUACGAGAGUUUGCGCAACAACGUGAUCACGCUGCUAGAACACGUGAGGAUACCGAACGGCACAGCCGGUGGACCGCCCGAGAAGAUGGGCCACGACAACUUCGACAGUUACCUGAGCAGACUGCAGACGCUGUGCGGUAGUGGCGUGGACGGGCCCGGAUACUGUGACGAGAACAAUCGUCCGCUUUACGAGACAGUCAAGUCAGCGUUGCAGGACUUCACUGUGCUACCGACCCCCAUAUGAACCCCCCCUCCCGUCUGGGCACCCCCCAGACCCGUGUAAAGUGUUUGUUUGUACAUCUGUAUCAUAGUUUUGUACUACCGCCAGACUGUAUAUUGUAGCCCCUAUAUCGAUCGUCUAGGUAUUGUAUGUAACUGCUGAAUAUUUUGUAAAUUGUCUCCAGUUGGUUCUGUUUGUUGGACGACUCGCCCGACUCAUGCCAUGCCAAGCAGUAGUUUUCCGUUACGAUUAAGUGUCAAUAGUGUAUAGCAUUAUUGUUUCAUUGUUAUGUUUGUUGUUAUGCCUUUGAAUAAUUGAUGUUUUAGUCAGUCCGGGUUCAUUUUAAACUGUGCAAUGCGUUGGAGGUUGUUUUAGAUUUGUUACUUUGAAUUUGUUGAUGUUUUUAUUGUUUAAUAUCAGUGAUAUACCGUAAUUGAGAAGUACUUAUCAGAUAUAACGUUUUCUAAUGGAAAGCUACGAGAAUGGUUUGUAGUCAGAUUUAACAUAAAAUGUAUUCUGUAACUAGAAUUUCUCUGAGUUGUUUCUGAAUUGUAAGAGUUACAAUGGAAAAGUGGAAUACAUAAGGUUGACAUCCUUGUAUUUUUGUAUUUAUUUUUUAUUUUUAAUGUUAAAAUAACUGUCCUAAGUAAGCUCUGUCUAUUUACGUUUUAUAACGUAAUAAUUAUUGUAUGUUAAACUUGUAUUAAUUAUAUUUAAAUUUAGAUCAUAGUUUAAUUUACAUGAAUUAAAAUUUGUCUGAUUUGAGUUUCUUGUCAAUACUACUGUGCAUAAUUUUUAUCAGUUUCAUACCUAUAAUAAUAAAUAUUUCACCUCAGUAUUUUCUUUUUUUUAUUAGAGUAAAUAUUGUUAAUUGUUUGAAUUAUUUUAGCCUUAAGAAUUUCCUACUGUUUUUACUUGUUUAUCAGUUUUAUGGCUUUAUACUAAUACGUAUUUCACUACCAUAUUUUGUUUUAUUCUAUUAGGAAAUGUUAUAAAUUUGUGUUUAUUUUAUAGAUUAUUAUAUUAUGUGGCUUGUUAUUUGAUAAAACAUUUUCAUGAUAGUUUAGUUCUGUUUACUUUUAAUGUGAAUUGUAAGAGUGGUUCUCAAGCUGUGGCACGUUGUAAGGUGAAGGGUUUACCAGAAAAUCGAGAUACAUUCGCAUUGUAUUUAAUUCAGGGACUGCUACUUGAUCUUUUCAACCGGAAAACUGCUAACGUAUAUAACUGAUAAUUGGGGUGGAAGGGUGGAUCGAUAGGUCUAGUUUACUGUGUGAGAUGACUGUUGGAGUGGGUGGAGCUAUCUUAGUGUUAAAGUCUAGUCAGAAAAAAAUUGUAAAAAAAUAGUUCACAGAGAAAACUGUGUUAUUUUUCCAUUGACUGGUUGACAUCAAUGCUAUACUACCUGUCCCUGUUUUUCUGCAAAAGCAGGAAUCUUCAGGGAAAUUGUUGAUCUUCAGGACCUCAUCAAUGUGUUCUAGCUUACGACAAAUAAUGGGUGCAAUUUUAAUGUUUGUCUUUCAAAAUUUCGGGUGGGGGAGGCGCCCACUGAACCUCCCUGAUAUACACCCAUGUCUAUCAGUAUGUCAGCUACAAGAAUCGUGACCAAUUUUGUGACAAAAUAUGUAACAAUUACGUGAUUAUGCUUAUAUUGGUUACAUUUCGAACAUGGUUUGUGAUCAAACUGCUUGAAGUAAGUUUUCUUUCUAAAUGCAACGUGUGAAAAUAAAAGAGUGAUUUUUAAAACUUUUGAUCUAAAUAAACCAAUUUGCUUAAUGUACCAAAGAAUACAAUUAAUUUUGUACAACUAAACUGUGGAAGUGAAGUUGAAUAAAAUUUAUCCCUCUGCACUCUCGGUCAAUCACUCGGAGAUGUAUUCACCUAAAUCGUUAACAGCUGAUGAACAACUAAAUACCAAAAUAUAUUCCACUAAAUAAAUAUGGCUUUAUGUGAAUACAAUGCAUUCAAAAGUAAUGUUCUGUGGUUACCAAUGAUGACAAAAAUGUUUAUAAAAGCUGGAAAAAUAAUAAACAUCUUGAAUUGUAUUUGCUAUAUUCUUUUAGAUACAACAUGUAAGCAUUUGAAAAAGAUUAAUUAAUUUGUUUCAAAACUGUUAUAUCUGGUAAUAUUCUUUUACACCAAUGUUUGUCUAAUAGAAGAUUCUUUUGAAGGUUUGAGAACCACUUCAUGAGAGUUACCUUUGAUUUUGUAGGUUUCUUUUAUUUUUGUCAUAAAAUUACUUUUCAGAGUAAGAUAUGAUUGCUUUGUUUGCGAGGUUUUUUAUGAAAUCGUGAAUCAUUUUGAUUUACAAACAAUUAAGGUGUUGUCAAAGCUUUAAAAACUAAUUAGAAGGCCAUAUUACAUAGUAUAAUGUUCGUUUAAUGCAUUGAAUUGUUAUAUUUUAUGCGAUUACGAACUCCAAAGCUGGCUAUCCUGUGCUGUGAGUAAACUAGUCUUCUAUUGUAGUCAUUUUUUAUUUAUAUUGUAAUUUUAUUGUGAUCUUAUGUGAUGAAAUUAUGAUUUAAACUCCUUUGGAUUCCUGUAACUUUCUACGAAUUUAUGUAACUGGGAGAGUACAUAAGCUAUUUACUGUUACAAAGUGGGUGUUAAACGUUAUGUAUGAUAAAUAAUCUUAUCGUAGACUAACCUUUGAUUUUGAAGCAAAAUCCUUUUAAUUUAAUUUGGGUCCGUAUCAAUGUUAAAAUAAUUUGUUACUGUAAAUGAACUCUUGUUGUAUUUAUGUGAAUAUGCCAAAUUACAGUAUAUUGCUUGCAGAUACCAUAGGGAUUUAAAAAGUCUCCUACCGUACUUCAUAAUAGAAAUUUUACUUUUCACCUCAUACCGGUAAUGUAUUCCAAAUUUGUAAUACUACUUCAGUACAUUUUGGUGUAAGGUAUGUUUCAUGAUAAUAAAGAGGAUUUAAAUUGUC